AUGGCCUUCCAGCUUGGAUGGCGUAACGUGGUUGCCAAGUCCUCUGCAGUCUCCACCGAGGUGCAGGCCGCGACCAGGGUGGAGCAACCGGGACCCAGUGCUUCAGGAGCUUUGACCAAGAGUAUGACCCAGCUGCAGGAGAUGCAAGCAAAGACGCUGCAGCGAGGACUGGAAGAUGAUGUGCCAGAAGCUGUGAAGUCCUCUGUAGCCGUUCUCCCACCACUGGUCUCUCCGGAUGGCCAAUCGGCUGGAAUCGUGCUUCAGGAUUGGCUGGCGCAGAUCACAGUGUCUAUGCAGGACCUAUCCCCAUCAUCUGGAAUGUGGUGGGGCAAAGUCGUGUCCUUAGUCCGGGACACUUAUGCGAAGUGGCUGGGGUGUACUCCGCUGGAAAGGCUUCAGCUGCAACCUUUGAAUAGCUCAGCCCUGUCGGAAGGCAAAUGGACGAGGGUUAACGAUGCAGUCUUGAUUCUCUUCAGGCUCCACACAGCCUAUCAGCCGGGAGGCGCUUCUGAGAAAACCCUGGUUUUACAGAGCCUCCAGACGCCCUCCGCGGGAGAAAGCCUAGAUGAAGUUCUUACGUGGCUGCGGGGUUGGCCAAGGUGGAUCCAGCGGUGCGCCGACCUCAACAUGUUGUGUCCAGAUGGGACUGUGUUGGCAAAGACGUUGACCUCUGUAACCUCAAAGUUCAUAGCGGAGGGGGGCGACUCGCAAUUUCGUACGCAGUUGCUUCGGUCGACACUUCGCAUAGAUGGACAACCGAGCCUUGAGGAUGUGAAGCGCUACCACCAGCAUCUCCAGGCCGAGCUCGAGAGCAUCAGCACGGUGUCCCCUGGAGGUGCGCCGUCGACGGGCGUAGUCACGGGCGAGCCUGUGUGGACAUUGGAGUCGCUACUGCAAGCAGCGGCAAAGGUCGCAGGGGCUGAGGCUUCGAAUAAGGGCCCAUCGCUGAAUGUGGUGACUUUGAAGCAGCAGUGCGCGUUGAGUGGAGGUGAUGGAGGAGAUCAAAUGUUUGCACUUGUGGAUUCGGGGGCAACUCACGCGCUAAGGCGCGCCCGGUCCGAGGAGGAGUGGCGUGAAGCAGAUCCAGUCACAGUGAACCUGGCAGGUGGCCAGUCUAUCUUCCUCAAGAUGAAUAAGGUGUUCCAGCUAAGAGUACGAGAAGGGUGCCCGGAGAUUACGGAGAGGGACGCCUUGAAGCUGAUAGCCCGUCUUGAAGAUGAGAACCUGGAGGAAGUGCCUCGGCAGUGUUUGGAAGGGCUUACGGAGCCAGUGCCAGAGGCCAAUGGAUGGGACGUUCUUCGGGGCUUGGAACACUUGAAUCGCCGAGCUCGAAAAAGGCUGUGGGCUUCAAAGAAAUGGCUCGUUCACCUUUUUGCAGGAGAGCGUGAGCGAGCUGAUCUUCGACACCUUGAAGGGCAUGGGUAUGUGGUUUUGGAGCUUGACAUUACUAGAGGGCGCACCCAAAACAUCCUUCGCCCCUCGGUGUGGAGAGUGUUGGAGUACGCUGCCAGGAAGGGGAAGAUAGCCGGGAUCAUCGGAGGGCCACCGCAGGGAACGUUUAUGAUCUCGAGGCAUGUUACGGGGGGUCCAGAACCCCUACGCAGUCAAGAGUUCCCCUAUGGCAACUGGCCCGGGCAAUCCGAUGCUGACGUUUAUGAGGUGAACCGUGAGACCCAACUGAUUGCCAGGAUGCUGUAUCUCCAUGCGCUUUCAACUGCUGGGAGGCUUCGAGCAGAUUUGGAGCCAGAUGCACCCAAGGAAGUCGCGUUCAUGCUCGAGCACCCAAGGGACCCUAGGGGAUAUCUGAAGUUUGGUGACCCGUUGUACCCAGAUGUGGUGAGCUUUUGGCGAACAUCCCUUUGGUCUGAGUAUGCGCUGGAAGCUGGAUUGAGCUCUUACAAUCUCGACAUGGCGGCUCUAGGCAAGGCUUUCACAAGGCACACAACGCUGGGAACCAACCUUCCCCUACGGCAUUUAGAUGGACUUCGGAUGAGAUACCAUAGUGACGGGCCAAUUGCGGAGAGGACCCCAGCAUGCGUGUGGCCUACAGAGUUUUUCGAGCACCUCGUGAUUGCGCUCAGGUCUUGGGGAACAGUGCCCAGAAUGUUACGGAUGAGCGCAGAGCAGUGGAGAGAUCAUGUUCGGAGAGGGCAUCUACCGUAUAGAGCCGAUUGCACUGUUUGUGUACAAGCUGGCGGGACUGGAAGAAGACAUUCCCGUCUGGAGCACCCAUCGGCUUUUGUGCUGUCAGCUGACCUGUCGGGUCCAGUGAAGAUAGGAGGUUCAGACCCGGACGCGCGGGGAGCUUUUCCAAAGGCGUUCAAGUACAUCUUCGUAGCAAAGCUCAGAGUGCCUAAGACCUCCGUGGAUGAUGGAAGGGGGGCUUGGGUCGACUAUGACAAGGGUGAGCUUGCCGAGGAGGAGUAUGAUAACAGUGAUGAUGGCUUGGCGUCGGAGGGUGCCGCUCCUAGUGGUGAAGAAGUUCGUGAUGUUGUUGGAGCUGAAGCAGAUGAUGAAGGUGAUCCUCCGGAGUUAGAGCGGGGAAAGCGCGACCCUGAGGACGACCUCGACUUGGCGGCCCCGGAGAUGGUGAAUCUUAUUUUCUCGGCAGGUCUUCGGGACGAUAAGGCGGCAACAGUACUGGAGGCGGUUCAGGAUGUAGUUCUGUAUUGCCAAUCCUUGAAUAUCCCGGUGUUGCGCUUUCACACGGACCGCGGUAUGGAGUUCCAAGCUAGGGCUACAAAGCAGUGGCUGAAACGCCAAGGAAUCAGGGCCACCACCUCUGAAGCUGGAGUUCACCAGACGAAUGGAGCUGCAGAAUCAACGGUGAGGUGGAUCAAGCAGCGAGCCAGAGCCCUUCUCCUAUCAGCAGGGCUUCCACAGCAUCUCUGGCCAACGGCGGUGUCUACGGCAGCCACGAUGCAAAGAGCAGAUGUGUUAGCUUUUGAGCCAAUGCUUGCAGCACCGUUUGGCGCAAAGGUGAUGGUACGCAAGCGCCAGCUGGAAGGCCCGAAGCUUGAUGACCUAGCACCCAAGUGGACUCAAGGAGUAUAUGUAGGUCGCUCAGAAAGUUUUAGCAAAGGUCAUCUGGUGUUCAUUGCAAGCGAUGAGGGCGAGAAGUUUGUUCACACUCUACAUGUGCGAGCUGGCCUCCAAGAUCCCGGUCCUGUGGCCGAAAGAUUCCAUGCGGAGGAGCCAGGCCCACCAGAACGUAGAGUACGGGGCAAGGCAGCGGGGUCUGGAGAUGUGGUUGGGGUUUCCAAGGUGACGGUCGUUGAGGAUGAGGGUCUCAAGAAAUGGGCAGAGUCAGUUCUUGGGGAUUGGUCACAGGAGGAGGCUGAAGCCAUUAUCAUCCAGGCGGGGAAGUACCUACCUUCUACCGACAACAACUAUGGGAUGUUCAGAUUUGGAGGAAAAGCAGGCGUGACCAAAGCAACAAUAGAGAGACCGUGGCUCGCAAGGGUGGCGUUGAAGUUACUGAAGGACAAGGCUCCAGAUGCAGAGUUUGCCUCAGUCUUCAUUUCCGUGAACAAUGAGCGGGAAGUUCACAUUGACCGGAAUAAUGCCAUGGGCACCUUGAACUAUUUGCUGCCGAUUGUCAUGCCUAAGCGCGGGGGAGAGAUUUGGCAGGAACUUCGAAAUGGUGACGUUGUAUCGGGGAGAAUCCUAGAGCUACAAUCUCGUGAAGGUAGAGUGCGUUAUGGCUGUGCCUACCCAAUUCAAGAAGGACAAGUAUUCUACCUGAAUCCCCACCGCCGUCAUGCAGUUCUUCCAUGGAAAGGAGAGCGAUUGGUUCUAGUGGGAUACACCCCGGGAGUGAUGAAGAACCUUCCGCGUUCAGACCGGGAACUACUAUGGGAAUUGGGUUUUCCGAUGCCCUUGAAUGAAGACGAUCCUCAGGCUGAAAUCUACAUCAACAUGCUGUCAGUGGAGAAGACGUUGGACGGCGAGGCCGAGGAUAAGAGCACGAUAGUCGAGGAGGCUGUCGAGCUCCAGGGUGCGGUUUCUCAAGAACCCCCAAGGUGA